AUGGGGAAGAAAGGGGCGAGUGCACGUGGGGGAUUGCAAGAGGGUCACGUGAGAACUGGGGAAGACGCCGAUGCCCCCAUUUGGCCCGUUCGCAAGUCGGAAACCCCGCCACCAGACCGGGGCACCGAUCCCGCCGUCGCUGGAGGUCAUCGAAUCGGUGAAGACCUAGGCAAGACACCAAAAUCAAGCUGUUUGCUGGGGCCUGCCCAAUCCCCUGACUAUCCCAAGCCCUGCUCGGCAGUGUUGCCACACGUUGGUUGGAGGCGCGCACGCAGCAAACUAAUCUGCCUCGACUGGCAAUUUUUCACCAAACACGAUGGCUCUCUCUCCCUCAAAAAAGCCUGA